CCGUCCCGGAAAUGGGGGCGCAAGACAGCGGAUGACGACGAAGACCGUGUGCUGGACUCCACCUCGCAACAGAUGAAUAACGGUACACGGUCGUCUCAAGAAUCGAAAGGACGAGAAAGUACCAACUAUCGUAUUAUGUUCGCCCGGCUCGAGUCGCCUCGCCUUCGCCGAGUAGCGUGAGCGGAGCCCCGGCCAACCCGACCGACCGACCUAUCGCUCCCGCUUUCCACUUCCCCGCUAUGGAUGUUCUGCUGUGGAUGGCCCCGCUGCUGGUGCCGCUCGCGGUGCUGCUGCUGCUGUGGAGCAGCCGUCAAGCUUUGGUGUUUUAUUUUAAAACAUGCUUCUAUGUGGCCUGGAUGAUGGUUCUGGCGUUAGUGGCUAUCCCGCUGUGUGUACUCAAAAGCGGCGGCAGAGACGUCGAGAACAUGAGGAUUAUCCGCUCCCUUGUUCGGCACGUCAAGUAUUUUCUGGGCCUGCGAUUCGAAGUCAGCGGCUGGGAGCACCUCCAGACCCCGGGCCCCUACGUCAUCAUCUCCAACCACCAGAGCUCCCUAGAUGUUUUGGGCCUUAUGGAGAUCCUGCCCGACCGCUGCACCAUGAUCGCUAAGAAGGAGCUGAUCUACGCAGGCACGGUGGGUAUCGUUUGCUGGCUGGGCGGCAUCGUCUUCAUCAACCGAAAGAAGACCAGCGAUGCCAAAAGCGUCAUGGCCGACGCCGCCAAAACUAUGUUGGACGAGCAGAUCCGUCUGUGGGUGUUUCCUGAGGGAACACGCAACCAGAGAGGAGACCUGUUGCCCUUCAAAAAAGGCGCAUUCCAUUUGGCUGUGCAAGCGCAAGCACCAAUCAUUCCGGUGGUCUUCUCCUCUUACAGUAACUUCUACCUACGGAAAGAGAAGCAAUUCAGAUCAGGAACCAUUCGGUUGAAGAUCCUCCCAAAGAUCGAAACCAAGGGCAUGACGUCAGAGGACGUCGCGUCCCUCGCUGACAAAUCCUUCGACACCAUGCGCUCGGCCUUCCUGGACAUCUCGGGUUUGUCGCGCUCCAAUGGGCCCGUCAGGCACUGAGCGCCUGCCGUUUUCUCAACCUCAGUCUCCCCUCCUCUCCGAGCCCGCUGACACUUAUCUCUCCGUUACUCUUCCGCAACGAGGCGAAGGGUCCACGUUCGGGUCCGGGUUGGCGCAGUCCCGACCCUCGCGUGUCCGCGAGCGGAGUGACGGACGCCCGGCCGGCCUGCUCUUCGGACCUGCGUGUUUUUUUCGUGCAUGCCUUUGUGCGUUUUUCACUUUGGAUGCAGUUUUUUUUUUCUUAUGUUGCCUUUUUGUUGCGGUUAUCCUGGGACGCGGUGGAGGGCCGCUCGACACAAUGAUUUCUUCGGACAUGCCGGGAAGUGGAGGUAUGGAGAGUAUUAACUCUUUGGAUGCCGUAAGUGGCAGCCAAUAAGUUAGCGUUUUCACUAUAAAUGUUCUUUUGUUGACUAUCACAACGCAUACUCUGUGAAUACAAACAUGAACAUUUACUACAAGUCCCUCUAUUUUGAAAUGGAUGGGAUGUCUAUUGCCAUCAGUGGCAGCCAAUAAGUUAAGUGUUUUCUUUUUUUUAAGUAAUUACCACAACACUUUGAAUACAGACAUGAACAUUUGCUACCAGUCCUUCCGAGCUGAAAUGUAUUGGACGUUCAUCUCCGUCGAUGGCAGCCAGUGAGUUCUCUGAUGUUGUGGAGUGACAAUAAAGAAACGAGACUGCACUUGU